AUGUCUGAACCAAAGGGUGAUAUCGGUUUGAUCGGUUUGGCCGUCAUGGGUCAGAACUUGAUCCUAAACGCCGCGGACCACGGCUACACGGUCGUUGCCUACAACAGAACUGUGUCAAAGGUGGACCACUUUUUGGCCAACGAGGCCAAGGGUAAGUCCAUCAUUGGUGCCCACUCCGUUAAGGAAUUGAUCGACAACUUGAAGAGACCAAGAAGAGUUAUCCUUCUUGUCAAGGCCGGUGCUGCUGUCGACAACUUUAUCCAACAAUUGUUACCCUACAUGGAUAAGGGUGAUAUCAUCAUUGACGGUGGUAACUCUCACUUCCCAGACACCAACAGACGUUACGAGGAAUUGAAGGAGAAGGGAAUCUACUUCGUUGGUUCUGGUGUUUCCGGUGGUGAGGAAGGUGCUCGUUACGGUCCUUCUUUGAUGCCAGGUGGUGCCGAAGAGGCCUGGCCACACAUCAAGGAGAUUUUCCAAUCUAUCUCUGCCAAGUCUGAUGGUGAACCUUGCUGUGACUGGGUUGGUCCAGCCGGUGCUGGUCACUACGUCAAGAUGGUCCACAACGGUAUCGAAUAUGGUGACAUGCAGUUGAUCUGCGAAGCUUACGACAUCAUGAAGAGAGUUGGUGGUUUCACUGACAAGGAAAUUGGUGACGUGUUCGAAAAGUGGAACAAGGGUGUCUUGGACUCUUUCUUGAUCGAAAUCACCAGAGACAUCUUGAAGUACGACGACAAGGACGGUACUCCAUUGGUGGAAAAGAUCUUGGACUCUGCUGGUCAAAAGGGUACCGGUAAGUGGACCGCUAUUAACGCUUUGGACUUGGGUAUGCCAGUCACCUUGAUUGGUGAAGCCGUUUUCGCUCGUUGUUUGUCUUCUUUGAAGGAGGAGAGAACUAGAGCUGCUACCAUUUUGCCAGGUCCAACCAUUUCAAAGGACGCUGUCAAGGACAAGCAAAAGUUUGUUGACGAUCUAGAACAAGCUUUGUACGCCUCCAAGAUUAUCUCUUACGCUCAAGGUUUCAUGCUAAUCCGUGAGGCCGGUAAGACUUACAACUGGAAGCUAAACAACCCAGCUAUCGCUUUGAUGUGGAGAGGUGGCUGUAUCAUCAGAUCCGUCUUCUUGGGUGAAAUUACCAAGGCCUACAGAGAGAACCCAGAAUUGGAGAACCUUCUAUUUAACAAGUUCUUCACUGAGGCUAUCACUAAGGCCCAGAGCGGCUGGAGAAGCACCAUUGGCUUGGCUGCCACUUACGGUAUCCCUACUCCAGCUUUCUCCACUGCUUUGGCCUUCUACGACGGUUACAGAUCCGAGAGACUACCUGCUAACUUGUUGCAAGCCCAACGUGACUACUUCGGUGCUCACACCUUCAAGGUCUUGCCUCAAUGUGCUGACGACCACUUGCCAUUGGGCCAAGACAUCCACAUCAACUGGACUGGUCACGGUGGUAAUGUUUCUGCUUCUACUUAUCAAGCCUAA